AAAAAGUUAAAACAAAUUUUUCUCUCUCUUCAAACUCCACCUCGCAUCUGCUCCCGAUUUCCUUCUUCCUCCUCAAAGAAAGCCACCAUCUCGUCGUUGCAUCACCACCUAUAGUCGGCGGCGCCUCUACCAACCACCUCGUCUUCUCUGCCGCUGCUAUUCUUGGUGUUGAAGACAGUUGCCUUCUGCGUUGUAGACUUCCAUGGCGGAGCAGCAAUCUACAGAGGGUGCCAGCACCAGUAGUGUACCAGUAGUCGCAGAUUCAAAUAUGGAGCUCAAUAUCAAGACUUUGGACUCCCAGAUGUAUAACUUUCAUGUCGACAAGAAUAUGUCCGUGUCAUCAUUUAAAGGAAUGGUUGCUGAUAAAGUUGGUGUUCCUGUGGGGCAACAGCGUCUUAUUUUCAGAGGAAAGGUUUUAAAGGAUGAGCACUUGCUCUCUGAGUACCAUGUGGAAAAUGGGGAUACCUUGCAUUUAGUCGAAAGACAACCAAACCAGCCACAAACCUCGUCUGGUACUGGUUCUACUGAUGCCUCUGGUAACAUUGGCACACAAGGAAUGGAUGGUAAUGCUGGGCCUCCUCGCCGUAUUGGGCAAAUUUCUCAUAGUGUAGUUCUUGGUACCCUCAAUGUCGGGGAUCAAGGGGAAGGAGGUGUUCCUGAUCUUAGUCGAGUUAUUGGAGCAGUUUUGAAUUCAUUGGGUGUUGGUAAUCAAACCACAAAUGCUGCAUUUGGUGCUCCAAACACUGCUCCUGCAAAUUCUUCUGCCUCGGUUGCUCAAGCAAAUGAUACUGAGCAAGGUCGAGGUGGUAGUGGGGGUAAUCAGGCACAGUUUGGGCAGCCGUUCUUGAGCCAACCAUUCCAUGUUCCCUUAGCAGGAAUAUCUGUCCCCCCGCCUUCACUGAACAUGCCAAUUUCAGAUUCACUUAACACACUCUCUGAGUUUAUGAGUCGCAUGGAGGGGGUGCUGUCUCAAAACGGAUAUCAGCCCUCUCCACCGCCAAGUGGCACAGCCGAUCAACCAGGUACUGAGUUGCCGUCGAACUUCCGAGGAAUGGCUACACCUGAAGCAUUAAGCAUAGUUUUAAGACAUGCAGAACGGCUUUUGAGUGGUCCAGCUGUUGCAGCACUUUCUCACAUUGCAGGAAGGAUGGAGCAAGAAGCAGGCUCAACAGAUGUUUCUGUGAGGAGCCAGAUCCAGAGUGAAUCGGUACAAGUAGGUCUUGUAAUGCAACAUUUAGGUGCUCUUUUCCUAGAGCUUGGUCGGACCAUAUUGAUGUUGCAAAUGGGACGGUCUCCUGCAGAGGCACUGGUAAAUGCCGGGCAUGCAGUCUAUAUAUCACCUUCCGGACCCAAUCCUUUAAUGGUUCAGCCUUUCCCUCAUCAAACCAGCCCACUGUUCAACGCUCCUGCAGUUUCUGCUACAAAUACAGGGACUUCUGUUCCAGUUGGGAUAAUUGGAAGUGCUCCCAGGAACAUAAACAUUCACAUACAUGCUGGGACGCCGCUCGCUCCAUUAGCCUCUGCAGUUGGUGCAAGAACUGCUGGUGGAGAAGGUACACAGGGUGAGCAUGGUGGCGUUACUGCCGCCAGUGAUUCUGGGGGAAGGGUGAUCUCUGUGAGGAAUGUCGUUGCUGCUUCGGUGCCAUCUCAUACUGCAACUAUCGCUGUUUCCCCAGUUACUACUGCUUCCCAACCUGUAGGUGUUGUUUCCACAUCUCAGCCGCCUGAUGCUGCUUCGCUUUCAUCAGUCAUUUCUCAUGUAAAUUCACAGAUCAGAAGCCUUCUUGAAAACAUGCGUGGUGAUAACCAGAAUCCUUCUGGGCAGCAGGAUAAUCCUGUUAUUCCAAAUUCUUCAGCUGGAUCAGGCGGAGGUAGGGAGGCGCACGAAUCACAUACGAGUUCUUUGCCUCGACAACAAGCCGAAGGGGAUAAAACUGAUAGGAGGGAAAACAUUCAAAGCGAUUCUUCACAGUCGAAUGAGGAAUCUCCAAGCUGCAUGAGUGGAGACCCCGCUGCCAAGUCUAUUGGUCCCAAAGAAGUUCCUCUUGGUUUAGGUGGAGGUCUGCAGCCCAAGAGACGAGGUCGGCAAUCUCAGAUGCAGCCUGUGGCUGGUGAAGCUGGACCUUCUAGUAGUUUUGAUCAGAGUCAACAAGCUAGAAUCAGUGGCCAGCAGAUUCUGCAGUCUCUUGCAUCUCGAAACACUGCUGGUAGGAGUAGUUUAACUAAUCCUGGUAGUGGGCAAACUGGACAAGGAAUCGAGCAGUCUGUGGCUGGCACACAAGUGACCCAGGGUUCAGAUGGGCAAUUUGAUAUAACAGGUUCCAUGUCACAGCUUCUUCAGAGUCCAGCUUUAGAUGGACUUCUGUCUGGGGUUGCUCAGCAAGCGGGGGUUGGUUCCCCCAAUGUUCUGAGGAAUAUGUUACAACAGUUCACACAAAACCCAGCAAUGAGAAACACAGUUAACCAGCUUGCUCAACAAGUAGAUAGAGAAGAAUUUAGGAAUAUGUUUGCUGGUAUGGGAACAGGUGGAGAUGGUACUCCUGAUUUUUCAAGCAUGAUUCAGCAAAUGAUGCCUGUUGUUUCUCAAGUUCUUGGUGGUGGAUCAAUUCAGAAUGAACAGCUACGAAACAUGGUGCCUCAAUUGAUGCCCCAAUCUGAUGAUAGAAGUAUAGAAGACAGUUCAUUAGGUGUGGUUUCUCAGGAGGUGGUACGAAGGAUUGCACUUCACAAUUCAUCUGAAGAUAUAUUUCGUUCUGUGGUUCAAAAUGCUGUUGAGAACACCGAGAACACUGAAACUGCUACAAGAGAGUUUAUAGAUGACUUAUGUAGCAAUGAAGACCUUAUUGAUGAGUUUGUGGAGAUGCUUCGAUGCGAUCUGCGUCGUCGUCUUCGGGAUAAUUUUGUUUGAGGUAGCAAAGGUUGUAUCAUGCUGCGAAAUAUUGUCAAUUCCUCAUUUCCCUCCUUUCUUCCUCACCAAAGUGAAAUGAAUUUUGAUGUUAAUUGAAGUAUCCCGCAACAAGCUGUUUCAAAAAACCUUGUACAAAUUUGGGUACCUAAGUUUUAUAUAUGUAGCUGAUUAUAGACUGUGUACAUCCUUUGAUCGCUAGUUAAAUAUUAGAGUUAUUAUCGGCAUCAGUUUUUGGUAAAUGAGCAUGCCGUGAAGGGUUUUGCAUGUUAGUAGAAAUGUUAAAAGAAAUUGUUUUUUUACAAACAUUUUGAAAUGAACUCUACUCGAGUUUUUCGUGAUUUUAAAUACUAACUAUAUGCGUAUUACAAUAACAAUAUGUUUUAAAGAGUUACUAUGUAUUUUAUAAAGUUUUUAUGCGA